CCGCAAUCUCACUCACUCCAGCUCUACUGUAUCGUUUAUCCACGUCUCGCACGCAGCACACAUUGCCGUGACAAGACAAUGCCGCUCCUGCUCCUCCUGCUCGUGCUCCUUCUGCCGGCCGCUCCCGAGGCGACGCCGUCGGCGCUGCUGGGCAUCAACUACGGCCGGGUGGGGGACAACCUCCCGCCGACGACUUCGGCCCUACAGCUCCUCGCCGGCCUGGGCGUCGGCCGCGUCCGCCUCUACGACGCCGACCCGGCCACCCUCCGCUCCUUCGCCAACACGGGCGUGGAGCUCGUCGUCGGCGUCCCCGACGAGUGCCUCGCCGCCGUCUCCACCCCCUCCGGCGCCUCCUCCUGGGUCCGCUCCGUCAUCCAGCCGGCGCUCCCAGCCACCAAGAUCGCCGUCCUCACCGUCGGCAACGAGGUGCUCACGGGCGCCAACAGCUCCGCGCUCUCGCCGUCGCUGCUCCCGGCCAUGCAGUGCAUCCACGACGCGCUCGCGCAGCUCGGCCUCGACAGGCAGGUCGCGGUCACCACCGCGCACAACCUCGGCGUGCUCGCCACCUCCUACCCGCCCUCGUCGGCCUACUUCCGCAAGGACCUCCUCCCGGUCCUCUGCCCGAUCCUCGACUUCCACGCCCGCACCGGCUCGCCGUUCCUCGUCAACGCCUACCCCUACUUCGCCUACGCCGAGGACCCCGCCGGCGUGGAGCUCGAGUACGCGCUGCUCGAGCCCGGCCACGGCGGCGUCCCCGACCCGUCGUCCGGAUUGCGAUACCCCAACAUGCUGGUGGCCCAGGUGGACGCCGUGUACCACGCGAUCGCGGCGGCCAACCGCGCGGCGGCGCGCGCGGUGGAGGUGCGCGUGUCAGAGACCGGGUGGCCGUCGGCCGGCGACGGCAACGAGACCGGAGCGACGCCGCGGAACGCCGCGAGGUACAACGGCAACGUGAUGCGGCUGGUGGGCGAGGGCAAGGGCACGCCGCUGCGGCCGGACGGGGCGCUGCGCGUCUACAUGUUCGCGCUCUUCAACGAGAACAUGAAGCCCGGCCCCUCGUCGGAGCGCAACUACGGCCUCUUCAAGCCCGACGGCACGCCGGUGUACGAGCUCGCCUACCGCCUUCCCAAGGACAACGCCACCACCUCAUCUGGCGCCGGCGGCACCGGAAGCAUUACCGGCGGCGGGCCGCAGAGCAAUGGCUACUACAGCAUCUCAGCAUCAUCGGCAAAGGCAAACAUGGGUUGGUGGACAUGGACACAAGCAACCAUGGCAGCAUGUGAGGCUGUCCUGUUGAUGAUGAUAGCAUUCUGAUUCUGAGCAACUUCCAAGUGGUGUUUAGAUGGAAUGAUAUGUGUGGAUGGAAGGAAGGAAGGAAGCCUCUGGUGUCUGAAAUGGGGUCAGGGGAGUCCCUGGUUUCUUGACGCUCUGUCAUGGAGAAACUAUUUUGUCCUUCCGCUCCAAUCUUCCAUGUUAAUUCAGUUGAUGUGGUCCUGUAAUCGGUGGCAAGCUAAUGGGUUAGUCAGUGUCAUCAAACCAGGCACUUUUGUUUUUGUUUUAAUGGGUUAGUCCCUGGUUUAUUGA